AUGGACGUCUUCAUUCGAGAGGAGCAGCCGGGCGACGAAGCAAACAUACGAGAGGUAAUAGACGCCGCCUUCAAGGAUGCCCCAUACGGCAGCGGCACGGAAGGGGCCAUCGUCGAGAAGCUUCGCGGCGCCGGGGCGCUCGACGUCUCCCUCGUGGCGACGUUGGACGGCGUCGUGCACGGGCAUGUUGCCUUCUCGCGCAUCACGGUGGACGGCCGCUGCGUAGGUUGGUCCGGCCUCGGGCCCGUCUCGGUGCGGCCCGGGUUGCAGGGCCAGGGUAUCGGCCAGUCGCUCGUGGAAGAGGGUCUGCGGCGGUUCCGAGCCACGGGAGCGAGCGGCUGCGUUGUUUUGGGCAACCCGGCCUACUACAAACGCUUCGGCUUCCACAACGACGAGCACCUGCGCCUCGAGGGAGUGCCCGCCAGCCACUUCAUGGUCCGGCCGCUUCGAGACACGCAUGCGCCGCCGCGGCAACGUCGCAUACCAUGA